AUGGUGUUGGCCUCGCUGCCGCCCGCCCACAUCCUCCAGGCCCAUCUGCAGCCGACGAAGGAAGAGCGACCGUUACCGUUGUCGGCGCCGCCAAAGCCAACGAAUUCCGGGGCGACGUCGCCGGCUGCGCCCGGGGUUGCGGGCACGUUGAAGGCGAUUGGCAACGUUCUGGACACGGCUUUUCACCUGCCGAGGAAGAUAACCGAAGAUAGGACAACUAGUUAUAGUCCGCAAAGUUUGCCCGAGCCUUUGCCGAAACGACAUUACGACGCGAGAGAGGUGAAGGCGCAUCCGGUUGUGGUUAUCUACAAUCCACAUACGGGCGGGUUUCAGACGAUUGAUGCGCCUCAAGGCAAGUUUUUUGAUUUUUAUAUAUUGUUCUUUAAAUACGAUGUUUUACAUGCCGAUAGGGGCAAAAUUUGAUUUUAUAGCUUUUUUCAAUAUUUUUUGACAUUUUGCCACAUUUUUGUGACAUUUCGCUAAAAUUUGCUAUCUUUUAACAAUUUCGUGGCAUUCAGUUUCAAUUUGAAAAUUUAAAUCAUUUGUGACAUUUUGCAACAUUUUGAAAUUUUUCAAUUAUUUUUUUGACAUUUCGCAACAUUUUUGUGACAUUCCGUUCUAUGGCCAAACCGUCGCAUCAUACUUCUUGCGUAUCUGCGUAAUCCAAAUGUAAACACAGACACUUAUUCCAUUACUUUAAAUCAUGCGAAACUUUAGAAGUUAAUUUCGGCCGUUUACAACCCUUUUGAGGAAUCUUUAGUAAUUUUGCUAAAACACUCCCAAGUUCGCGGCCUAAACAAAUUAUGCGCUAAAAUUGUUUUGUAAUGCUGAGGCGACGUAAGUUUUAGAGUUCUGAGGGCGGAUUUGGCGAUUUUUGAUUUUUUAAAUUUUAGGUAACAAUUUUUCUUUAUAAGUAAAAGUUUAAUCCGGGUUUUUGGAAAAUAAUCGUUAGGUAUAGUUAAAAAUGGCAUCACAAGUUAAAUUCAUCACUUUUUUUGCCAAAAAUCACUUUUAAGUUCUCAAAAAGUCGUUUUGGCGCAAAAGCUAACCUAAAAUCAUUCAGAAAUCACGGACCCUUCUUCGCCGAUCGUCCGCGUUCCAUCGGCCGAAAACUCCCGGGCCAAUGCUCUUUUGGCCUUCUCCAAAAGUUUCAAGAAGAUCAAACGUGCCAAAACCAUGAACAACCACGAGCAUCGGAAGAAGCGAAAGAGGAAAAGAAAGCGUUUGCGUCGGCGGAGGUCUGCGCCGAUUCUUCGAACGAACGUCAAAGAAGAGCUGGUAUGGGCCUUUAUCAAUGAUGUCGACCUGAGCCAGCCCGGUCGAUUACAAACAGUUGAUAGUCAGAUGAAUGGAGAUCGACUGAGUGUUUCAAGUCACGAUCGGAAGAGGAGUUCUAGUUUGAUACCGUAUAGUGAUAAGGAGAAGAAGAAUGCGCCUGAUAAGCAUGAGUUGUUGAAGAAGAAGGUCCCAUUGGCUGAGAUUUACAAACAUAAGGUUCAGAUUUGAAGUUUGAGUAAAAUACGGUGUAUAGAGUAUUUGAAAGAAAUUUUAGCUCUAAACUUAAUAAUCAUAUAAGGAGCUUAAAAUUCAAAAAGCUUGGUCGUUGGCUUCAGAAAUCGAGAUCAGUACUACUUCAGUACGAUUUUUAAAAAAAACACUAUUAUUUUUAGUACUGUUCUUUUAAAAACGGUACUAUUUAGUACUAUACUCAGUACUAUAGUAAAAACUUUAAAAUUUUGUGAAAAGGUCCUAGUAGACCUACAAAAUAAAAAAAUAAGAAAAAUUGUUUGUAGUACCAAUAAUAACAUUUCAGAGCACAUUGUUUGGUCAAGGGCAGAAGGAAAAUGAUCCAGCCGCCUUUUACAAGUCGAUUGAUGUCAUGCCUAAUAUGAAUGUUGGCCCUAACAAAAAGAGUAUGCCUUUGGUUGGGGAAUUGGUAAGUCGACCGGUCGUUAUUACUUACUUUACUCUUGAUUGAUUAGGAGGUCUAGUUAACAUUUUGUUUUACUGAUCGAUACACUAUAAUAGGUUGUAGUCUUAUAGCGAUUGAUUGCUAUAACACUAUGACCUGGUGUUAUAAAUCAGUGUUUUGAUUGAACAAGGUUAUAUUAUAGUUACUGUCUGGUACUAUCAAAGUAAAAAAUGUUAUUACUUUGAGGCUUUAGAGCAGUAAAACUAAACUUUUACUAUUUAAUUUAUAGUAGGUUCUUCAAAUAGUUAUGUGCCUCUUAAUCCUAAAAAAUUGCUUUGAAAGAGGCACAGAAUUAUUUGAACAACUUAAUAUUUUGAAAAUUUUCUUUGAAUUUAAAAUUUUUUCAAAUUUCGAAGAAAUUUUUUUUUAAUUUUGAAAUUGAAUUUUUAAAAUUUUUUGUCUAUUCAACUCCAAAAAUUGGUAUUCACUAUCAGUAAUGAUAUGUAUCUAUUAGAAACAAUGUGAAUCUUGAUCUAUAUCUAUAUAUGUAUACGUAUUACCACAUCUUUAUAUCUAUUCUACACUAUUUCUAUGUGUACACGAUGUAUUAAAUUGUUCAAAUAAUUCUGUGCCCCGCUUUUAAAGGGGGGGGGUGGGCACAGAAUUAUUGUAGCAAUCCAAUACCUUUUUAAUUUUAUGAAACAACAAAAAAUUAUAAAUUUGAAAAUUUUUGUUUCCUCAAACCCACCAACUCUAUCUCACCUCCACUAUCUAAACUUAUGUUGGUUAUAGGUGCUCCAGGUAAGCCGGUGGUCGGAUAGUUACAGUAGCCUUAUACGGUGAAGGGACAAGUUUACUCUUUUCAGUGUUUCCUUUUAUUUUCACCUUUCACCACCCACCAAGCACAUUGAUCACCAAAAUGUCAAAAUCUCUGCGUAUUUUACAUUUUUUUUCGAAAAUCUAGAAAAUAUGUCAUAAUGACACAUUUUUAAGUUCAUAAAAAAGGUUUCUGUUACAUGUUUUAGUAGUAAAAUACGGCAUUUUCGAUAUUUUCGUGAUCAAUGUACUAUUGUUAAGUUCGUUCCACAAAUCCCUCACUUAUGCCCUCAGGGUGUUUCAAAAUUUUUGUCAUUUUAAAUUUGAAGCAAAAUGUCAAAACUUUGAAAGUCCUGUAAAAUCACUGUCCGUGAAGUUUUAAACGGUUAUUUUCAAUUAUUUAACUACAUUUUUCAAUGGUUUUCCCAUUAACAAUAUCACUCAGUUCACUUUGGCUACCGUAGUCAUGCAAAUUUAUUUGUUGUUACAGUAAUUUUUUAAUAAAAUGGGAGUUCUUGCCGUAUUUUAUUAUUGAAAUUUAACUUACAUCAAAAAUUUGCAUAAUUUACGAUAGACGUUAUCACCUCGCUUUGGUUACUGUAGCAUUACGGUAAUAGAUACCAAAUAGUACUGUAGCUUCUUAAUAUAAGUGGUAAGGUAGGUAGUACAAAUAUGAUAAUGGCAGUACUAUUUGGCUUUUCUUCGCAGUACCAGUAAUGUUACAGUAUCACAAACGUGUCGUCCUCACUUUCAACCCCACCGUACUGUGAUUAGUGCACUUUUGUCAUCAGUUAAAGAAAAAAAGGUUACUGUAACGGUAUUCAAAUUUGAUUUUCAGACUGUCGCUACAAAUCGAGCUCAAGCUGUUUUGGCAAAUGCAUCCAAAACUACUAUGCACGAUGAGGAACUUGUAAGUUAUCCGAGACAACCCUACCUUACCCUACCCUACCUUAUCCUACCCAACUAAGAAACAAUGCUGGGGCUGCUUUUGAGGCUUGACCCAGGCCCUUGGCCCAAUUUUUAGGCCCGGCCGUUCUUUAAUAUUUUUUUUUGCCCGGGGCUACUUUUCAAGCUGGGCCCGCCGGUCCAUUUUUCGGUCCGGCUAGUUUAAAAUUUAGCUGAAGGCUCUACAAUCAGAUCGGGCCUACUUCCUCCCUAGCCUAUUCUACCCUACCUUAUCCCACCUUCUAAUAACCCUUUCAUACUUUGUUUAGAGUGACAAAAAGACCUUGUUUUAACAGCGACAAGACUUUUUCUUUUCUUUUUUAUGCACAUGUUACUAUAUUUCAGAAAAUGCUGGUCUACCGAAAGACGCUGCAAGCCCUUAUCUACCCAAUCAGUGCCACAACUCCACACAAAUUUCAAACCACCAACUUCCAGACGCCCACCUGGUGCUACGAAUGUGAAGGGCUUCUCUGGGGAUUGGCUAGACAAGGGCUAAGAUGUACAGAAUGUGGGGUUAAGGUGCAUGAAAAGUGCAGGGAAUUACUGAGUGCUGAUUGUUUGCAAAGUAAUUUUUUUAGAUAGGAAAACUUAAUCCGCCCUGUUAAUUCUUUUUAAAAAAAUUUUAAAAUUUUAAAUUUUUUGACCAAAAAGUACUUACCCUUUCCUGAUUUUACUAAUAUGGCGUAACUUGCUAUAUUUUUUAUCUUUCAGGAGCAGCCGAAAAGUCAAACAAGCACGGCGAAGGCGACAAAGCUCAGAAUCUGAUAGCUGCUAUCCGAGAUCGAAUGAAGAUCCAAGAACGAAAUAAGCCUGAGAUCUUCGACACAAUCAAGACCAUAUUCGAUGCCGACGAUAGGAUACAACAGGAUACGUUGAAGAAUGUCAAAAACUCGAUUCUGGAAGGAAGUUCCAAAUGGAGCGCCAAAAUUCACUUAACUAGUAGGUUUUUGAAGUUAUAUUAUAGUAGGGUAGGUUAGAUCGGGGUAGUGUAGAAGUGGGUAGAUUUAGGUAGAGUAGAGAAAAUUUAUUUUGAGGGCAGUUCAAACGUAAAUAUUAACAUUUUAUCACUACUAUUUCAGUUAUUUGUGCCAAAGGAUUGAUCGCCAAAGACAAAACGGGUAAAAGCGAUCCGUACGUGACAGCUCAAGUUGGUAAAACCAAAAAACGUACUAGUACCAUUCAUCAAGAGUUGAAUCCGGUUUGGAAUGAGAAGUUUACGUUGUAAGUUUCGGGGGUAAAAUACGCCUGCUCUAGCUUUUAUUUUAAAUAUUACUUGAAAAUUGAUGGAGAAUUGCCAUGCUUUUUGUUAUAUUUUAUUUUAUAUUGCACUUUAACAAAAAUAAAACUCAAAAUAAACUAAAAAAGGUCUUGAACAGCUUUUGAAAUGAGUUAGAACACUUAUUAUUACCUAAAAACAAAGUUUAAAAAAAUUGAGGAUAACCGACCUUUUUUGCCAUGGAUAAUAUAAGUUUCCUUCAGUGAAUGUCACAACUCGACGGAUCGUAUCAAAAUACGAGUAUGGGAUGAGGAUAAUGAUCUCAAGAGUAAAUUACGACAAAAACUGACUCGAGAAUCUGACGAUUUCUUGGGUCAAACCAUCAUUGAAGUGAGAACGUUGAGCGGAGAAAUGGAUGUUUGGUAUAAUUUGGGUAGGUUUUUGGUCAUUUACUUUGAUUUCUUUAACUGUAAAACUUACUUUGAUGUUUUUAGCUUGUUUGUAUUUUAUAUUUUGAUUGAAUUUGGUAGAAAUUUUAGGAUUUUGGGUGUUUUUUGGGGCGAUUGGCAUCUAAAACAAUAUAAAUUUUAAAAAAAUUAUUUAGAUGGCAAAACUGAUCGUUAAAAUAGUAAUUAAUGAAUUUUUUUGUCACAAAAAGAAUAUAUUUUACUAAUGAAACGAUUUCAGAAAAACGAACGGACAAAUCAGCGGUCAGCGGAGCCAUCCAUCUCAAUAUUAAGGUAGACAUCAAGGGUGAGGAACGUCUGGCUCCAUACCAUCUCCAAUACACUUGUCUACACGAGCACAUGUUCCAACACUACUGCCAUGGAGAGACCGUCAAGAUCCCGGAAGCUCGAGGCACGGAGGAUAGUUGGAAGACCUACUUCGAUGACGUCGGUCAAGAAAUAGUGGACGAGUUUGCUAUGAGAUUUGGAGUCGAAAAUAUAUAUCAAGCCAUGACACAUUUCGCAUGCUUAUGCAGUAAAUACAUGUGUGGUGGAGUGCCGGCAUUGUUGUCAACCUUACUGGCCAAUAUCAAUGCUUACUACGCUCAUGCUACUGCAACAUCAGCUGUCUCGGCGCCAGAUCGAUUCAAUGCUAGUAAUUUUGGGAAAGAUCAGUUUGUUAGGCUUCUGGAUCAGCUACAUAAUGGACUGAGGAUUGAAUUGGGCAUGUACAGGGUAGGCUUGGCUUUUUGA